AUGCCACAGAGCACCGAGCUCUCCAAUACAUCUCCCGCACAAGCCUUUCCUACCCGUCCCGCGAAUGUCUCGACGCCACAGCCCUUAGCUCGUGAGUCCAAUGCUCGUCCAGAGCAGCAACUGCCGGCUCGGGAAUCAAACUUCAGUAAGAAAGACAGUUGUGAUAAGCCAGACGCCGUUGAAAUCGAAAAGUUGGAGGAUUUCAUAGCGACGCCAAAGACCCCCAGCGAAGGCGAGCGGUUCCUCCUCGACCCGGCCGGCGACCUGACCUAUGACAUAACCACCGUCGACGUUGUCACAGUUCCGUGUCCUGGCGGCGAUCGACUGCGUACAUGGAAUCGCGAGGGACUCCUAGGUCGCUACUUUGGCGCACCUUCCAUGCGCGAUGCCGAGGUCGGUGGCGGCGGCGAGCGCAUUUCGACGUCCUGGGUCCGCCAGGGCCUGCGCCGGGAAGCGAACAAGGCGCGCAUCCUACUAUACGCGCACCCUCCUUUAGCCGAGGGAAUGACGCUGAACAGGCUCGCGGAGGAUUUUCUGCAGGCGAUCCAUAAGCUGAGAGUGCGAGAAGGCCAGCCGCAUCGACCGCUGCUCGUCCUCGGCCACAGCAUUGGCGGGCUCGUAGCGAAGAUGGCGAUGGUGCGCGCCAGCCGCGACGCCAAGUACCGGGACAUCCUCGAUGAGUGCUAUGGCAUAGCCUUCUUCGGCACUCCGCACCAGGGCUCGAGCUACCUAGCGAUGCACUCCCUCGCAGGGAGCGUACAGCGCCUACUGCAGCUAUCGGCGCCGCUGCCCGAGACGCUCACGGCGGAUCUGCGGGUAGGUAGCAGCCUGCUGUCGCACAUUGACGAAGACUUUAAAGAGAUCGCGAGCGAUCUGAGGAUAUGGACAUUUUAUGAGACCAUUGAUUCACGCCUGUUCGGACGCGGUGCUGGAACAGGCGUAGCCCGGACAACAACGACACAUGGAAACGCCGCCGACGGAGAUAAGGUAUACUUUACAGCACCACUGACGUCCAUCAAGUCGGCCAUUCUCGGCAUGCGCCAAGAGAGAAUAUUUCCGUUGCAGAGCGAUCACGCAAAUGUAGCGUCUUUUGGCCGGCAUAACGUUCAGACCCUGCGGCUGUUCCUGCGGCAAAUUGCUGAGCAGGUCGAGCACGCCGAUGCCAAUAUUGCCAGCAGCGUAGACGAGCAAGGAACCGCUGCCGCGCACUGGUCAAUGCCAGAUCUGGAGCAAAAGGUCAACGUCGAGAUACACGGCUUCUUCGAUGACCUUGUCGCCGGCGCCGGCGUGACGGCUGGGCGCGCCUGGUCCACUCGGCUUCCGCUGCGCGAGUUCAUCAGCAAAGGCCCCGACGAGUGCUUAAUCGAGAGACUGAACGAGGUGGACGGCUCACCAAGUCAAGGCCAGUUUCUCAAGGCAAGGGGUCGAACAUCGCUGGCGCAGGUGGAUGGUAGUGUUGAGCACUCGCCUUCGCCGUCGAGGGCAAUCAUAUCCGUCGCUCCGGCCAUGACAGUCAAGGACGCGCUCGGUAUCGACAGCAAGAUCAUUGAGCCCAUUGAAGUGGUAGCACCCAUGUCGCCCAUCAUCCAACCCCUCAACAGCCUUCCAAGAACUGGUCCGCCGACGUGGUCCCCCAAGUCUGCUCCAGUCGGCCCUAUCGCCUCCCCGCCAUUUUGCGUGCCGUCGCCGCCGAGCCGAUAUGCAGCUUCAGUCGUCCCACACGCAUCACCGCUGCUACGGGCGGCGCAGUUUGAGCAGGACCUAUUUAUCGACCGGCUCUCCCCGCCGCUACGCGGACGUAGAGCGACGGGCGGCAUCUUGUCUCUGAGUCGGUCGGCUAGUCUGGGCAGCGACGGAGCGGCCUCGCGGAUCAGAUAUCGCGACUUCCCGCCAUUUUCCGUGCGAAGUCACAGCACGGGUGGUGGUGAUGACGACAUGAUGAGCGUUGAAGAGGAAGGGGGCCUGGAGGCCUCACCGCCGCUGCCGGAGAAUAUUUUUGGUGUGAGGUCAGUCUUUGGAGGCGACCGCCGGAUGGAGGCGGCAGUUUUGCUUAAGCCAGAGGCGCAUGCCAAAAAGUUUACGUGGAUUCAUCUGGCGUACAACAACCCUGCUUGGGUAAAGACCAUCCUGCAGACUCUCCAAGUAUGCUCUGGAAAGAACCUAUCACAUCUAUACGGACCGGACUUUUGGGCGACAAAGCAUACGCGAGGGCGACACUCGCAGCAUUAUGCCUACUUUGCGAAGCCUGGAUGCUACUUCACCGCGCCAAGACCUUUAUCACCGAUGAGCACCUCGGCAAUAAGCCCUACCAUGGCACCGUUUGCAGCUGAAGAGGGCAUGUACACCUGCCUAUUUCUCCCGUACCUGCAUUUCGACACUUACAAGCGCCUUCUGCGGCGGCGCAACCUGAUCCUACAGCGGCUGAUCCAGGGCCGCUCUCGCCCAGUGCCAGCCAACGUUGCCAAGGCAGAUUCAACCGAGAUGCAGGUCAUCUGGGAGUUUCUGGGCGGCGAUCCGCCGGUUAACUGCCGUCGAACGUUGGACCAAUUCGGGUACCCCUCGUUGCGGGACACUCGGUCACGCGACGACGAUCAAAUGCUGUACAAGCUAACCAAGGAGCGCUUCGGCUCGCACGGCUACCGACAACAGCUGCACGCGCAGGGGUCAAGCACGCGAGACGGGUCAAAUCGCAGCGGCAACGAAGGUGGGAAUGUCGGGUGGAAGGAGAGGUUGACGCGCUUCCGGGGGCAGAACGAGGACCAAGUAGGCGAGGAAGAGGUGCUGAAUGGCAAUGUUCUGAUGGUCGAUCAGCUGUGGCUAUGGGUCAUCAAUACACAAACUGUGGUUACCUGCUUCCCCAAAAGAGAGGGGGAUCCCAUCGAAGGCCCGCUGUUCCAGCAAGCGGACUUGCGAGACAGCAUCUUCAACGAGGUAAACGUCGACUUGACUCGCCAGUGCGAGAAUGCCCUCGAUCUAGCGGCGUUGUCCGUGCUGCAUGCCGUGACUGUUCUCCUGGAUCGGUCGUCUCAUCCGGACCUCGAAGUGUUUCGCAUCUUUGAGGAGGCCAUCAGUGUCUUGACUGAGAAGCUCACGAGCUCCCUCAAGGACUUCCGUACAGAGGGAGUGCGCGACAAGACCUUUGACUUUGAACCGGUCGAGAAUCGUCUGCGCUCCAUCCGCGCCCGUCACAAGGAAGAGGGUCGCCGAGCCGAACGGGAGAACCGCGACAACACCUCAGCCCUUCUCGAGCUGCGCGAUAUCGAAGACGAACUAGUGACCCUAUUGCAUCUCUUUGAGCGCCAGAGCAGAGUUAUCUCGUCGAUGCACGCCAUAUACACCCGCUCCGAGCUGCGCGACCACACAGUCAACGGUCGCGUGUUCCUCAACGAGGCCCUCAAGAAGGUCACCGAGUAUAUUCAACAAGCAGAGGAGAUGAUACGCCGGGUACGUGGCACGCGAGACGACUACGACAAGCUUCUACAGAUGGUCCAGCGGCAGGCCCAAGUCGACGAAGUACGGCUCAGCCGGCUGCACGCGGAUGUGGCCGGCGCGCAGAACCGGAGCGUCAUGAUCUUCACCGUCUUCACCGUCAUCUUCCUGCCGCUCACCUUCUUCACCGGCCUGUUCGGCAUGAACACGCGCGAAUGGGGCGGCGGCGACAACCUCUCCCUCCAGACGAUCGGCAAGAUCGCCCUGCCGUCCAGCGUCUUCCUGAUCGUCGCCUCGCUCAUCAUCGCCUGGAGCACGACGGUACGCAAGCUGUUCCGCUACUUUCUGCGGGGCGUCCGCCGUGUGCAAGAGUACGUCUACGUGUUCGUCUGGGACCCGUGCAAGCGGGCGCUGCGCGAGCUGGUCGGGUACGUGUCGUGGCGCAAGGAGGUGGAUGACGAAGGGGGCGAGGCGGUGGUGGACGGGAGCGGCAGGGCGAGCGGCGGCCCGGGCGCGCUCCGGCAGGAAGCGAGUGACUUCUGGGACAGGCAUAGACUGGAGAGGGACAAGGCGUAUAGGAUCCCGGAGGUGAAUCGCAGGGGAGUGCGCAAGGGCUGGUCGGUGAGGACGAAGAAGGACAACAAGGCGAGGUAG